AUGGCGCCCAACCCCGUUCCAAAGAUCUGCAUAGAGCUGCUUCCGAAAGAAGUGAAGCAGGUUCUCCCUCUAGGCAACCGUCAGCCUUCCCCGUCGGGCUCCGGGCCCUCCCAACUCGCACUAGACAUAGAUAAGUUCUGGCGCAAUGGUAGAACGUUGCGUGUCCGCUUUCUUGAAGGAAGCAACACAGUGCAGGACAAAGUCAAGUCUUGCACCAAGACCUGGGAAGAAUAUGCAGAAAUAAAAUUCGAAUUUGUCGAUUCCGGAGAUGCCGAAAUCAGGAUUGCUUUUCAACAAGGUGGAGGAUCAUGGUCAUAUCUGGGUACUACAAACCUCACGAUAACCGACCAGGAAACCCCUACCAUGAAUUUCGGCUGGUUUAACGAGGAAACACGAGACGAGGAGUUCUCUCGCACGACUAUCCACGAGUUUGGCCACGCUUUAGGUUGUAUCCAUGAGCACAUGAGCCCUGCCUCAAACAUACCUUGGGAUCGUGAAGCGGUGUACAGAUACUUCAUGGGACCACCAAACAACUGGACUAGAGAAGACAUAGAUCGCAAUCUCUUCAACAAGUACCCUGCAUCUGCAGCUGCGUACUCGAGAUUUGACCCGUGCAUUCCGCGGAACAUGGCACUCUCCGCCCUGGACAAGGCCUUCAUUAGACAAGUAUACCCAAAGCGAAGUCUGAACAAUGGCAGUUUCAGGACGAUGGAUUUGCGUUCCUCGGACAAACCAAAAAAUCAGACCUCGAAACAGUUCUACCUCAACCCAGCUUACAAGCAACCCCCCAGGGUCGCUAUUGGCUUGACUGAGCUUGACAUCAGCAAGGACGCAAACAUACGAAUCAGCACUUACGCAGACCGCAUCACAAAGGAAGAUUUCGUUGUCCAUACCGAUGGUUGGGCCGAUACCAUCCUUUACUCGGCCGGAGCAGCGUGGACGGUAGUGGAUCAGAACAGUGACUUUCAAGUCGGCGAAUUCAACACUCUCGAACUACAUCCCUGGCACGAACCUCAACCUCAGAACUCAAAGCGGAUCAACUUCGAGCGUUCUUUCGAAGAGCCUCCGAAGGUGAUUGUUUGGGUCAAAGGCGUCGACAUGGACAAGCAUCGCGAUUGGCGCGUCACGGCCGGUGCCGUUUCCUGGAUUGCUUAUCCAGCAGAUAGAGAGAAGGUGGUCAGCGGGUUCGCAGAUACCAGUAUGCAGAAGGAGAUAGUACCGGAUUCUCAAAAGGGAGGGCAGGUCAAGUUCCCAGAAGGACAAUUCAACAAGGAACCGAUAGUGCUCGUAGCGAUUAAGUCAUUCAAUUUCAGCCACGAUCACAACUUGAGGCUCAGAGUACAGACAGACAGCGUCUCCGAGAAUGGCUUCGAGUGGAAGGUUGAUGUUUGGGCUGAUAGCGUUUGCCACGGCGCUGGUAUUUCUUACCUGGCGUUCCAAGGGAAAUGUUUGCUUUGCCCUACCUACCUCCAAGCGAUACACUUUCCUUCUCUUUUCUUACUUUAA